AUGGAAUUGGAGAUGACGCAUAAUCACAUCCCUGGAACGAACCAGAUCGGUAACGGUGAUAUUAGGGGAGAUACAGUCCAGAGUAUUGUGGCUAUCACCUUACCCCUCACACUCAUGCAUAAGAGCACUGGAGCCUCCACCAACAGCGAAUCAGAGAAUCCCAAGCCUCCCACAAGUUUCCCACUGUCCCCAAGUACCUUGGACGCUCCACCCGAAAAGCCCACCACUCCAGCCUCGUUAUACCCUCUUACGUCCGCAAUCGCCACCGCACUCUCAAGCAUCGCCAGUGUCACCUCUCCAACACCCAUACCUUCGCCCUCUCCAACGUCCCAGCCUCUCGCUCCAGCGAUCCAGUCUCCCUCCCCGACCCGAAAAGAAGCCAUAACGUCCUACGCUGCCUUCCUCACACCCGGCGCCCUUUGCACCGCGGACGCACAAUGCUCGCCAAACAUCUGCUACACAGAGCCCAACACUGUGACGUACUGCUGUGGGCCAACGAUCACGGGGUGCCCCGGGUGGCCGUGUAGCGACCCGGGCCAUCGCGACUGCAAAGAUCCGUUCAAGUGUGAUUUCCAGGCGUUCACUUGUUCGUUGUGA